AGAGAGUUUGCAAUUUGGUGGCUGGAGAAUUGGAGGAAUCCAUUUUUUAUAUCGCUGUUCACGUCGAGGUUGAUGUGGCCCAGAUCCUCACUUCCUCCUCCCCAAGAAGCUGCACAUACCCAGGAUGGUGCCAAAGCUCCAUAGGAAAGUUAAAAGGAGGCACUUGAGUUCAUCUUCCUCCAGUAGUGCGGAGGAGAGCCAAGAUGAAGAUCUGCUGGAUGGUCCAAGCACUGUUAGUUCCUUGCGUGGGAGUGAUCUAACAACAGUCGAAUACCAGAUGAGGCUUCAGCACUUGUGGAAGUUACACCAAUUGAAAUUUCAGAAGUAUUAUGACAAGCCACACACACACUCUAAAUAUUACAAGGAAUGGGGUCAGUUUGUGCGCGAUCGGAGCGAGAGGAUCGUCGAACUUGGCGAAGACCCUCUCACCUACGAUUUUGAAACAGAAUGGAAAGGAUAUUGGAAACAUCGCUUAAGUAAGCUGGAAGUGGAAGACUGGAAUGAAAAAAAGGAAAAAUAUCUAGGGCUUGUGAAGAAGGGACACGGUGUCUCGGACAGGAGGCGGAAAUACAAAUCGGGGUCGAGUCGUAGAUCCAGCACCAGGUCAAUGUCAAGUUCAAGAUCAUCAACAACAUCAAGUACAGUAUCGACGGGAACAUCUAGCUCGAGUUCCAGAACCAAGUCAAGAUCAUCGAGCUCGAGUUCCAGAACCAAGUCGAGAUCGUCGAGCUCAAGAUCAAAAUCAAGGUCAAGGUCGAGGUCCAACUUGAAAGAGAGAGCUAGAAGGUCGAGAGGGAGGUCUUGUUCGAGGUUGGAGUCAGAAUCGAGGUUGAGAUCAAGGACAGAGAGAAAGGAAUUCGAGAAGGGACACGAAAAAUCAAAGAAUCAAAGGGCUGGUAAAAUACAUUCUCGAAGGCACUCCUCUCCACCAAUCAAACAGAGACGUAGUCCAGCAUCACGAGAGCCAGGAGGGAGCUCUGGGGCGUCACCAGAGAAGGAAUCGCCAAAGAAGUCGAGCGGUGAAGGGAAAUCUACCCCCAAAGAAAAGGGAAAGGAUCGGAAACGCAAGACGGAGAUUGCUGCGGCAGGGAAGGGAGAUAGCCCUAACCAUAAAUUUAGACUAGAAGAACUAAGGAAACAUCUUUUGAAGGAGUUAGAUAAGCUGGACAAUGAAUUUCAAAGCACCAGUGGAAGCACAACACCAGAAAUGGGAAAAGACGGAAUGGAAACUGACAUUGCAUUAUCAAUAUCAAGCCCUAAAAAUGGAGAGUUCUCAGACGCUGACAUGGAAACACAGUUAAGAAAAAGAAAAACAAAAUUGGUCAAUAAAGCUGGCUUGAUCAUAAACAGAGAGUUGAAAAAGACACACAAUCUGGAAGAAAGAGAUAGUGACAGUUGUUCAGAAGAUGUACAGAGUAUAUAUGAAGUUGAGGAGAAAAGUAAGAAAAUGAACAUAGCAAUUGAACUGAAUUUUGAAAAGCCAAAACUGGAACUCAAUUUUGGGAAGAAGCCCCAUAAACUUGAUCUUUCCUAUGCAGUAGAUAAACAGUCUACAAGCAGCAUGACAAAUUUCAAAGAAAAGAACACAAAGGAAGUCAAAGAGAGGGAAAGCACCACCUGCAGUAUAAAUGCAGAAAGUUUAUUCUCAAAAGGAAAAGCCCCUCAAAGUGUAGGAAAGUACGUGAGACACUCCUCAGAAAAGAGAGAGAGGGAAGAGAAGACGAUAAAUACACUAAAACUCCUUUGUAAUCUCAAAGAUCUUCAUCCCCAGUUGGCUGCUGAGGUUGUUGAUGUGUAUGACUUUGCCCUAAGACUGAGAAAUGAAGGCGAAAGCCCCACAAGAUGUCUCGAGGAAGGCAGGAGCGUCAUUAUCCUGAGACGGGUGUGCACGGAAUUGCAAGCCAGCAUAGCCCUCGGAAAUCUGGGAGACAUUCAGAAAAUAUAUCGGGGAGAGAUUGUGAAAUUAGUGGAAGACACUUUGGAAAGUUAUCUUCUUAUGUCAAACAGGUUUCUAUAUGAUCUGGAUAUCAAGGCCAUUGCCCAGUGCACGCUUGGUGGUUCGAAAUCGGACGUUGUGAAGUUCAUUCGUGAUGCUCUCGUUUGCAGUGCAAUGCAUAUACCCACAGUGGAGAAUCUUGCAGGUAUCUUGGAUGCUGUAUUGCAAGAGCAGUCCAAGAUAAACGGGGUUUAGUCAAAGGGGGAGAGAUUCUGAGCACAUUUUGCU